AUGAUAUACGAUCUGGAAGACCAUGACCUUUUUAUUACUCCGAAGGUUCGUUUUAUUGGGGGUAAUAAAUGUGAAAGAGAAAUAUUUAGUGGCUGGAAAUAGGAAGGGAGAAAAAACAAGUUACGUAUGUAAAGGAAGAUGGAAUUUUCAGAUAGGAAAUUUCAGCUUUCCUACUGUAGGUUUAAAAUUGAAAAAAAGUAGAGAGAAGUUGGAUAUUCUUGUGUUUGAUGAAACACAAAUUGACAAAAAUACUUUUCCAACAAAAUUUGAACUAUUAUUUUUGAAAAAAAUCCUAGAAAGCCAAAAAUUCCUUGUUUCAAUACACAAGAUCAAAGAAGCCGACAAAGUCUGCUGUAUUGGUUUUCUCUUCCACUCUAGGAAUUCCGGGUUGACAAUGAACUUUCAAAACUAAAAAAAAUUACAAAAAACCUUUCACCACGCACAUUUUUUCCAGCUCUCAUAUUUCUCUGCUUCUCAAGGUGGCGCUUCUCGUCAUAUGAUGGUCAAUGGUAGUAGUCACAGGUACAGUACACCACCCACCCAGUGUGUUCCCUCUUCAUUUUUGCUCAGAAUUUCAGAAUAGCCGUCAAAAUAAAAUGUAGUGAUAAUGAAUUAUUCCGCGUUUCUCCAGUCUAUUGUCUUUUGGAACCUGGAAUGGCUCAACGACUUCAGGUUUGAACUUUUCGUUGUUUUGAGCUAACUUUGUUUGUUUUCAGAUAGUUCGUGAUCCGGGGCCAGCAAAAAUCGAUAAAAUCAUAAUUUUGCAUAAAUUCACAUGUGCUAGCAAUGCUCGAGAUGCGUUUACGGAUAGUUUAGCCGAAAGAAAAGUGAUUGCUUUAAUCGCCAAAGAAGAUAUCACCUUAUCAAUUGCACCAUCUACCAAUCUUAAAUCAAUUUUGAGACAAAGUGUACAAAAAAAUUAACAAUAAAUGAUCUUUUCAGAUAACUUUAUUGUUUUAAAUUUCAACCUUGAAAGAGACUUUGAUAUAGGCUAUUUUUUUACAACAAUGAAAAACAAAAUGACCAUGAAAUAAUACUGUGUAACAAAAAAAAACGAGAAAAGUCAUUUCAUCUAACUUUUUCAUCUAGGUGUGUGAGUUUCUAAGUUUAUUUUGAUUCAUUUUGAUGUGUUAGUCAUACCGGAAACCCAGUUUUCUCAUACAUACAUGUAUAUAUAUUUAUAUAAAAGACGUUUUGUUUGACUAAAAAUAUAAUUAGUUCAAAUUUCUAACAGAAUGCAUUCUCUGACAAUUUUGGCUGCCCUUCCUUUGAUGUGCGUUGCGAUCAACUUGAUCCCAAACAUCACUCUUCCACAAAUCCGAAAAGUUCAAUCAACAGCAGUCAAGGGAAAACUGCUCUGCGACGGAAAAGGUUAUGAAAAAGCUCGUGUCAAAUUAUACGAAGUUGAUCCAAGUGAGUUGUUAUUAUGUACUAUUCAUGCCUAAUAAAACAUUUUCAGUCAAGGAUACACUUAUGGCUGAAGGUUUGACAAAUGCUGAUGGAGAAUUUGAAUUGUCUGGAAAUGAUACUGAAUGGACCAAGAUUGAUCCAAAAGUCAAUAUUUAUCACAACUGUCACGAUGAGGCUAUUGUAAGUUUUUCUCAAUCGAGAACUAUUUCUCUUCACAUACACAAUUGUUUUUAGGAAUGCUGGCGUAAAUUCUCAAUUGUGAUCCCAGACGAUUUCAUCACCGAAGGAGAAACUCCAGCAAAAACCUUCGACGUCGGAAUUCUCAACAUCAACGCUGUUCUUCCAGGAGAGUCUAGAGAUUGUCUCAAUUAAUGUUGCAUUUGAUAAAAAAGUAUAUAUACUUAUUAAUAAAUUUUUUCCCACUUUCUUUUUCUCUGCGCCCUUUAUUUCUUCCGAUAAGAAAAAAGUCUUUUAUCAACCGCAUGGAGCUGCUUGGUAAUUAAUUCUUCUUAAUUUUUUUUUCGAAUUUCCUAGUUCUGCAGCACAAGCAAUAAUAUUAAAAAGGAAACGAAAGAAAUGACGCGAUUUUCAAUGACUGAUAAUGAUUGUUAUUCAAAUGCCAGAACUUGUAAGUUGGGAUAUUUUUUUCUUUGGAUUUUCAAAAUUUUUUGGAAGCUUUUGAUACUUUGAUGUGAGAAAUAUUAAAGUACAGUGGCUAAAUACACAUAUCAAUGAUUUUUUAUUAAUAGGAUUAGGUGAACAAAGUUAACAAGUGUCACUUUUUUUUAUUUUUAGGUAAAGGUAAUUUGAUUGGAUUUUUUUUUUAAAAAAAAUUUUCCAAGUUGAAAAAUCCGGUAACUGAAUAUGAGAAGAAAUGAAUGAUAUUUUCUUGUUAAUUUUUCAACGAGUUCGUUCGGUAAAGCUUUUUUUCUAUUCGCAGGUUAACUCUGUUUUUUCUGAGUUCAUAAAACCAAGAAUUUUUUCGUUACUUCUUUAGGCGAUUUAAGGUUCUUAACACAAUUUUUAUGUUAAGAAAGACGAUUAAGAAAAAUAAGCCGGUAACGAAAAGAAAUGAAUUUUUAUGAUGUAAAGCACAAAUUUUCAGCUAAUGAUUGUGGUGGUUCUGAAACUGUGUUAAAUGAAAUCGGAGAAUCCGAAGAUUUUGAUGAGCAAGAUGAAGAAAUUCUUAUGAAUCAUUAUUUCCGGGCUGGUCAUACGGAAGGUGAUGAAUAUACAGGAUUGACAACAUUUCAUGGAAUGGUAACAUUUUUCGCAUUGUUUUACGAUCAACCACACCCUCUGAUUAUAGAUUCGUGUUUUUCGCUCGCAAAAUUGGCCGUCGUUGAUAUUUUGGAGUUUGGUUGUGACGACAUGUUUGGUAUUUUAUAUGAUUGUGGUAGGUUUUUUAUGUUUGUGUCACAUGAAGCGGGGUUUUUUCUCUCUCAUGAUUAUAUAUUUUUUUCAGAGUGGAACAUUAUUAAAAACUUAUUCUAUGCAACAAACAUUUUUGAGGAAAAUUAGUAGAGAAAAAGAUGGAAUAUCAAAAUAUAUAGAACUAUGUUCAUCAAAUAUUAGAAACAAAUUAUACUGCGAUGAUAUUCAGAGCAGAUCAAACUAUAAAUGUAUAAGCUCAAGCUCAAUAUCUUCCAAUUGUUUGGAACUAGAAUUCAAUUCACAAAUACUUAUCGAAACUUUUCAAAAAGGUAAGUGAACAGAUCAAUGAUCAAUUGAAAAAAAACCACUUCACAGAUUUAUACUUGAAACUUGGCAGUGAAGCUCAGGAAUAUUAUAUGAUCUCAAAUUCACACAUUUUGCAUCGAUUUCGGUUAAAGUUGAAUCAAGUGGGCAAGUAAAUCUUUUUUCCUAUAGAUAAUUUCAAAAUCUAGAAUUGAAUCAAAUUUAGAAAAGAUCUAAUAGAAGUACCAAUUUAGAUCGAACGACUUGAUCUCAAACGCGCGCCAUGUCAUAGUAACUGGUCAAAUAUGAAUAUUUCUCGGGAGGAUAAUUAUUCUUUGAAAAAAUGUGAACAACUAAAUUUAUGGAAUUGCCAACCAGCUUGUGUGGAAAGCUUAUACAAAAUAGAUUAUUCCAAUGCCUGGAGUAAAUCACUCGGAUCAAUAAUUUCUAUACAAGUUGAUAAUAUGAUGGUGGUUCAAACUGAAAGUAGAAAAUCGACAUUAAUUGAUAUUUUGUGUAAGUCAACACUCAUUUUUUUCUGUAAAAUCAAUCAAUAUGUUUCAGGUUAUAUUGGUGGAACAAGUUCAUUAUUUAUGGGUUGUAGCUGUGUUACAUUAAUGGAAUUAUUCAUUUUUCUAUUCAAACUUGUUAGCAAUUCAGUAUUCUCAAAAGAUCCUCCUGAACUUGAAGACAAUAUAAUCAACGAAAAAUACGCGUUCGAAUAUUCCGAUGUUCGAAACAAACGAAGAUAUGCUAUUUUCGAUAAGAUGACGUUAGAGAAAAUGCGAUCAAUGCAAAGCAGUCUAGAUGUUCGGAGUAUUAGAUUGGACAGAAGAAUGUCAACGUUCAGUUUCAAAAAAGCGCCGAAACUGCAGAAAAUUAGAGAGAAUGUUAAUUUCCGACAACUCGAUUUUAUGGAUACUGAUUCAUCUUCUCAAGCUCCAACUAGACAAAAUACCGAAGAAUUUUCGAUAGAUCUAACUAAUGAAAAAUUGGAUGUGGUACCAGAACAAGUUCCAAGAAUAGUGAGACCACCUUGUAAGUUUUUUUAUUUCAAAAUAUAUUUUAAAAUUCCACAUAUCAUAUUAAAGUGCGACGUGAAUCAACAACUACCUCAUUUGCUUCUCGAACAUCUCAUGGAUCUUCAUCUUCAACAGUUCGAACAUAUUUAAUAUCACAUCCAAAUCGAGAAUAUCGUCGAAUAUUUUCAAGAAACUUGCCGAUGAAUGAUUUCUAG